CGGCUGACGAUAUUAAUUAGCAAAGCGAUUCAAAGAACUCCAACGGCGAUGAUAAUGGGGCUGAAGCUGGUGGAAGUUGCCGUGACCACCACCGUCAAUCUCCACGCAAUACAACCGUUUCCCUCAGUUUCCGUCCAAUCCGCCCAUCUUCACUGUAUCAAAUUCCCAUUGAAGAGAACAAGCGAGGUUCGAGCUCUUCUUAUUUCGGAGUCUCCUCCCCCUCGUUCCUCUCCCUCUGGGACAUUUCGUCGAACGGUUGGAAGGCAGUCGUUAGUGAAAGGCGAAAUCGGUAACAAUUCCGGAGAUAAGGGCACAAACAGGAAAAGAGUAUUCUUCUUGGACGUGAACCCACUUUGUUACGACGGAAGCACGCCCAGCCUGGACGCUUUCGGGCACUGGAUUUCCCUUUUCUUCUCUCAGGUCAGCCUUACUGAUCCUGUUAUCGCCGUAUUUGACGGGGAAGGGGGCGGUGAGCAUCGGAGGCGAUUGCUGCCUUCCUAUAAAGAACACCGCCGGAGAUUUUUGGCCGAUCGAUUAUCAGUGACGUCCCAGAAGCACGCAAAGGAUCGCGCCGAAAGGGCUCAGGUAGUGAUUCAUGUAUUGUCCAAAUGCAACGUCCCUAUUGUGAAAGUUGAGGGUCAGGAAGCAGACGAUGUCGUAGCGACGCUGGCUGAGCAAGUUCGUCCGAGAGGCUACAGAGUGGUUAUUGCCUCCCCUGACAAGGAUUUCAAGCAGUUGAUUUCUGAAGAUGUUCAAAUUGUUUGCCCCAUUACCGAGCUGAAAAGAUGGUCUUUUUAUACCCUGAAGCACUAUUUAGCUCAGUAUAAUUGUGACCCGUGCUCUGAUCUCAGCUACCGUAGCAUUGUGGGUGAUGAAGUUGAUGGGGUUCCUGGGAUACAGAGUGUGGCACCUGGAUUUGGUCGAAAAACUGCUCUGAAGCUUCUGAAAAGACAUGGGUCGUUGGAGAAUUUACUGAAUGCCGCAGCAGUAAGAACUGUGGGGAAACAGUAUGUACAAGAUGCCCUGGUAGAGCAUUCUGAUUACCUGCGACGGAAUUAUCAGGUUCUUGCCCUGAGGAGAGAUGUUAAAGUUCAUCUUCAGGAUGAGUGGCUGGUUCAGAGAGACCGAUGUCAUGAUUCCGCUGCUUUGGCUGAUCUUUUCAAUUUGUUGGGGCAAAGGAAGAGACUGUUAACAAGGAAAUGAUUUGCGCUCUUCAAAUUAAUAUAGCCCACAUCAACUGAGGUACGUUAUACCAAGGGCGUUUAUUCGAUAGUCUUAAGUUUACAAGAAAGAUAUCCAAAUUGCUCUUUCAGGAAGAGUCUGAAUUAGGAAUGUGAUUGGUUUAAAUGCGCAUGCUAAAAGAUCAAUGCUUAGGUGGGGUAUCUGCGAGCUUCCAUGAGUAGUUAGCUACAGCAGGAUAGAUCUCCGAGCCACAAACUUCAUGAGCGGGAACAGCAUCAGAUAUCUCUUUUACAUCUUCUUCUGUAAGCUUAACAGCCAAUGAUCGAAGAUUGUUCUCGAGGUUCUUCUUUUUACUUGUCCCUGAAAAUACCAAUGAUGAGUAUCAGUAGUCAGCUCUUGGUAACCCUGUGUGGGUGAAUGUCGUGAAACAGUAGCAAUGCGGUAAAAGCUGUAAAGACGUCUUGCAUGAUAAUGCUAGUAAUUAGCGAGUUGAAUUUACUCGGAUAAUUGAAUCUAGUGAAAGAGGAAUUCUUGUUCCGGAAACUCUUGUACCAGGGAGUGGGACUAUGUCAGUUCCUUGAUGUAGAAGCCAUGCAAGUGCUAGUUCAGGAGGGGUGCACCCAUGCUUUGUAGCCAAAUUGGCAACUCGUGAAUACAAGACCUUAUUCUUCUCUAUGCUAUCAGUUGAAAACCUUGGAUGAUGCUCAGGCUGUCCCGCGAACAUGGACAUGGAGUCAGUAAGUUAGUUAGUUAGUUAGAAACUGAUUGAUCAUGUAGACAUUGCAGUUAAGGAACUAGUUCUAGUUGCAUCGCGUACCAGCACACUGUUUGCAGGCAAGCUUUCCACUAUUGCUUUUCCAGCAAAGAAUCCAACGCCAAGCGGACUAUAUGCUACUAAUCCAAUCCCAAGUUCUCUGUUGAUAAAGAAUAGAAAAAAUG